AAAGGCAGCGAGCUCGCAGCGUUGCUUCUGGAUGUGGUAAAUCGUCAUUGGAGUCGUAUGCGCCCGAUGCAUCACGCGAAGGCUGUACUGCAAUUGGGGCUGCUGACGUACGGUUCACGCAGCGACCAGCGCACGGCCGCGCGGCGCCUGGCGGCUCAAUGUACGGCAGCCGUGCUGGCGGCAGCCGGCGACGGCACUGGCAACAACAACAACAGCAGCAGCAGCGGCGGCCUGGCGGUUGGCAUGGACGUGUUAAAGGUGAUGCUUCGAGGAUGGGCCUGGGUACGGAAGCCACCGCCCGAGCUGCUAGGACGGCUGUUAGAAGCGCUGGUGCCGGGAUCUUCUGAUGCCUUCGAAAAGGAGCAGCAGCAGCAGCAAGAGAUGGUUGAGACGGCAAAGGCCGCAGCAGUACGACAUGGGUACGGCAGGCUACACACCGCCACCCUGCAGGACGCGGCGGCGCUCGUAGAACCGCUGGCGGCGCUGGACGCGCUGAAGCCGCCGUUGCUGGACGUGCUCGUCAAUGUUGCCGUACGUCGAGCCGGCAACGAAGCGCCUGCCGCCGUGGCGGCGGCGGCGAUCGCGUACGGCAGGGCGGGUAUCGUCGACCCCCGGGUUGCGCAGGCGUUCCUGAAUGCCACGGCGACGGCACACCGCCGCCGAGGCAGCGGAGGCGCCGCCGCCGUCGCCGCCGCCGCCGUCGCGAGCCAAAUCGCCGAGGCGCUGGGGUUGUGUGCUAAGGCGGGUUGGUACGAGCCACGGGCAUACUCCGCGGCCGCGGACACCAUAGUGGCGUACGGUGUGGGCGGGUUGGUGCUUCGGCAGGUAUGGGCAGUGCUGCGCGCUUUCGCAGGUGCACGUCACGAGCAACCCCUGCUGACGGACGCCCUGGUAGCGCACGCCAAAGCUCUGCUCGUCCAUGUCCAUGUUGAUGCACUGCGGAGUACGGCAGCAGCUGGAGAGGGCGGCGGCGACGCCGGCGGCGACGUCAGCAUCCUCCCUGGAGCCGUCGGCCGUCGGCGGCGCGUUGACGUGGACGCAGCCGGCGCCGCUGAUGUUCGCGCCGGCGGCAGCGGCAGCAAUGGCGCCGACGACGGCGUCAAUGAAGUGUACGACACGUACGGCGCGGCUCCGCCACGGCACGGUCUCGACGUUAGAGAGCGACAUCUGACCAGGGAGCUGAGCAUGCUGGCCGGCCUCGUGCACGGUUUUAGUACGAUGCAGGUGUACGACAGGGAGUUGUACGACCGCCUGGCCGCGGGCGCCGGCGCGCUGUUGCGGCAGGCGGGGCCAGCGGCGGCGCUGGGAGAGUCGUACCCUCGGGCGCUGGCGGCGGCGCUGACGGCGCUGCUGGCGGGUUUCGCGGGUGUGGGGUUUUACCCGGCCCGUCUGCUGGACGCCUUGUCGGCGCAGCAGCACAGCUGGAUGCGGUCCGUGUCGGUGGAUCAAGCCCUCAGUCUCACAUGCGCUUUGGCUGCGCUCCGGAACCGGGACGAGCGCCUUCUGGAACGAUUGGAUUGCGCAGCCGCGGUGUUCCUGGAAAACGCCGUCACUGGCGCCGCCGUCGCCGCCGGACUGCUCGCUGCGCCCGCAACAGGCGGUGGCGGCGCGGCGGCAGCGGGGACGUCCUUCCCUGAUGUAUCCUGGUUGCCGGCCUUCCUGAACGCCGCCUGCCGCCGGCUUGCAUACCCUGGCCCGCGGACAGUCGCAGCGCUGGCGGCGCCGGUGGCAGUAUGGGAGCACGGCGGCGCUGGCGGUGCUGUACUUCGGGGGCUGACGAAAGCGGAAAAGAAGAAGAAGAAAAAGAAUAAAAAAGACAAGGAGAUACAGAGCGGAACUGAAAUCGAACCGCGGACCUCCUCCUCGUCCUCGUCGCCUGUGGACACCAUAUCCCGUCUGCAACUGCUGGUGCUAGUAGUGAUGGCGCUGGGUCGGAGCGGCAGCGGCGGCAGCGGCGGCAGCGGUGCAGUACCUACUGCCGCUGCCGCCGCCGCUGCUAGUGGCGGCCUUUUCACUCCUCCGUGGGUGUGUGAGCUGAUGGGCGGUCUGGCCUGCAGCGGCGCUCGGCUCCGGCACGAUGAGGAGCUGGACCUGGCUUGGCUGCUGGCUCGCUCCAUCGAGCAGGCGGUAGGGGCCGAUUCAGCGGAAGACGACGCGAUCGCCGCUGCUGCAGCAGCGGCGGCGGCGGGGGAUGGCCACCAGCGGCAGCGGCGUCGCCAGCGGCCGCUGACGGCGGCGCAGGCCGCAGCGGCGCUAGAUGACGAGGCGGCGUGCCAUCUCUUUCGAGCUGUGAUAGCUUCGCAGUAUCGCCUUUCCAGCGGCGGCGGUGGCGGCGGCGGCGGGAGAACGGCGAUGGCGGCGGGAGAGGGUGCUGAGGAACAGGUGGAGGAGGAGGAGGAGCAGGAUUACAUACGAGACGGAGCCGUCGAGGCGCAGGAGUGGGUCUAUCAGGACGACGGAAGUUUCGGCGGCGCUGGCGGCGGCAACAGCAGCGGCGCCGGGGCACCUAGAGGCGGUCUGGAGGCCGCGCUCCACCGCGCCCUAACUCCCCCCGUGGCGGCGGCCCUGCUCGCCCGCGCCGCCAGCGCCUGGCACGCGGCUGGGCUGGGAACCGCCGCGCCGCAGCCGCCAGUGUCCUCAGCGACUGUGGCCGCGGCGGCGGCGGCGGCGGCGGCGGCGGCGCCACCGCCGCCAUUACCGCGUCGCCUCCGGCUCCGCGGCGGCAUCGAUGCCGCACACUCCCCGCUUCUCUCCGAGCUACUCCUCUCCCUGGGUCUGCCGGUGUUUGAGCAGUGGGAGACCUCUGACGGAUUCUUCCGAGUUGCCCGGGGGGUGGUGCUGCCGGGCGGCAGGAAUGUGGCCGUGGAGGUCCUGCCGGACACUGCCUUUGCCGCCGCAGCCGCCGCCUGUAGUACUGGGCACCACCUUUCCAGAACCGCCGCCAGCGGCGGCAGCGGCGGCGGUAGCGGCGCUGGGGGGCCUUGUUAUCCGUUGGUCAUCGGCGACGCGGCUUUCCGGGCUCGGUGCCUGGCGGCGCGCGGUUGGCGGCUGGUGGCGCUGCCGGAGGGCGAGUGGGCGGCGGCGGCGGUGGCUGGGCCGGCGGCGUGCAUGAUGCUUAUGAGGCGCCGCUCGGGGGCCUUAUGA